GGCUGAGGGACCUGCUCCGCCAGGCCUGCCUGGACCGGGAUGAGUCCCGGGGGGAGGUGCAGAGACUGGGGGAGGCCCUGGAGGUCGCCACCACCUCAAAGGUACACGGACCCACCACAUCCCAUCUCUCAUCAACACACACAGUCUUUAUGUCAGAGUUUACCCACCUUUUAUUUACUAAUACAACCCUGAUGAUGAGUAUAUGGCAAAUAUAGCCAUUUUCUGAUAUUUAGAUAAUAACCCUAUAAGUUCUGGUACUGUUGUUGCAGAUGGAUGUGGCUCUGGCUGCAGAGGAGCUGAAGGUGGUCAAAGUCCAAAUGAGUGAGAAGCUGCUGCAGGUGCGGUCACUGUAGGGGCAUCAUGGGACAAGGUGGUGGAGUAGGGGAUGUCACAUGGGCCAUCUGACAGAGAAGGGAGUACAUUACUUUUGAUCUACCUGUUUACCUAAACAAAACAGCCCUUCAACUCUAAUGACCCCUAACUUUUUUUAGCUGAAGGAUCAGAUGUCCCAGGAGUCUGCUCGGUCUUUUGAGAACGAGAAAUCCCACAGUGCACUACUUCAGAGGGUGGAGGAGAUGGAGAUAGUGGUGGAGAUGGAGAGAAGACAGGUAGAGUAGGUGUGAAGUAAUACAAGUUGAGGAAAAAAGAGAGAAAGAAAACAGAACCAUUGAUAUCCUGUCCCUCUCUGACCCCAGGCCCAGAUAGUGCAGGCAGACUGCCAUGCCCUGCGUUCUGAUGGACAGGCCACCAGACAGAGACUACAAGAGGAGAAGGACAGAGGCCACAGGCUGCAGGAGCAGUGUGAGCAGCUCAAAGGGCAGGCAGGUCAGCAACACUGCAUUGUGGGAGUUUAAGUUUCUCAGGAUGUUUUCAUAUUCUGCUGUACAGUGUGGUCCCAUUAUUUGAUGUGUUAGUGUUCCUGAAUCACAUAGAUUUCAUAUGGACAAUGAAAUGGUUGAUCUCUUCAUCCAUUUACAGAGGUGAAAGAUUCCCUUGUUUUGGAGUUGACAGGUGAACUAAAAGUAAGUGCCAGCACUUUGUUCCUCUAGUAUUGCUCCUCUAUAACCCUGUGAUAUCAAUCAACUGUGUUGAGUGUGUGUACCUGAAUGUGUAUUGUGUAUGCAGAGUGUGUGUUAAUUAGUGUGUAUUGUGUAUGCAGAGUGCGUGUUAAUUCGUGUGUAUUGUGUAUGCAGAGUGCGUGUUAAUUAGUGUGUAUUGUGUAUGCAGAGUGCGUGUUAAUUAGUGUGUAUUGUGUAUGCAGAGUGCGUGUUAAUUAGUGUGUAUUGUGUAUGCAGAGUGCGUGUUAAUUAGUGUGUAUUGUGUAUGCAGAGUGCGUGUUAAUUAGUGUGUAUUGUGUAUGCAGAGUGCGUGUUAAUUAGUGUGUAUUGUGUAUGCAGAGUGCGUGUUAAUUAGUGUGUAUUGUGUAUGCAGAGUGCGUGUUAAUUAGUGUGUAUUGUGUAUGCAGAGUGCGUGUUAAUUAGUGUGUAUUGUGUAUGCAGAGUGCGUGUUAAUUAGUGUGUAUUGUGUAUGCAGAGUGUGUGUUAAUUAGUGUGUAUUGUGUAUGCAGAGUGCGUGUUAAUUAGUGUGUAUUGUGUAUGCAGAGUGCGUGUUAAUUAGUGUGUAUUGUGUAUGCAGUGUGCGUGUUAAUUAGUGUGUAUUGUGUAUGCAGAGUGCGUGUUAAUUAGUGUGUAUUGUGUAUGCAGAGUGCGUGUUAAUUAGUGUGUAUUGUGUAUGCAGAGUGUGUGUUAAUUAGUGUGUAUUGUGUAUGCAGAGUGCGUGUUAAUUAGUGUGUAUUGUGUAUGCAGAGUGCACGGCUAGCCCUGCAGAGGCAGCAGCAAGAGAACAGCAGGUUACUGAGAGAUGGAGGAGAUCUGAGGACUGCAGCUGACAAAGUCCAAGUCAGUGGCCCACCUCAGAAUAUACAUACUAUACAUUAAAGACCAUUAUUGUCACGUUCGUUCAAUGACGGGUCAGACCAAGGCGCAGCGUGAUAUGCGUACAUGUUUAUUCAACUUAAUAAACAAGAAACGAAACGUGAAGUCCUAAGGUAGACGCACAACAAACCUUAACCGGAACAAGAUCCCACAACUCAACAGUGCCAAUAGGCUGCCUAAGUAUGAUCCCCAAUCAGAGACAACGAGCGACAGCUGCCUCUGAUUGGGAACCACACCGGCCAACAUAGAUCUAAACAUACUAGAAUGACAACCAUAGAAUAUACACACACAGAAUAUACACACCCUGACUCAACAUAUACGAGUCCCCUGAGUCAGGGCGUGACAAUUAUUUGUAUUUGUAUUUAUUAUGGAUCCCCUUGGCAGCAGCCACUCUUCCUGGGGUCCAGCAAAAUUAAGGCAGUUAUACAUUUUUAAAAACAUUACAAUACAUUCACAACAGAUUUCACAACAUAUUAAGUGUGCGCCCUCAGGCCCCUACUCUACUACCACAUAUCUACAACACAAAAUCCAUGUGUACGUGUGUAUAGUGUGUAUGUUAUCAUGUGUUUGUAUGCGUGUGUCUUUGCCUAUGUUUGUGUUGCUUCACAGUCCCCGCUGUUCAAUAAGGUGUACUUUUAUCUGUUUUUUAAAUCAAAUUUGACUGCUUGCAUGAGUUACAUGAUGUGGAAUAGAGUUCCAUGUAGUCAUGGCUCUAUGUAGUACUGUGCACCUCCCAUAGUCUGUUCUGGCCUCUGGUGGCAUGUCUUGUGGGGUAUGCAUGGGCGUCCGAGCUGUGUGCCAGUAGUUCAAACAGACAGCUCGGUGCAUUCAACAUGUCAAUACCUCUCACAAAUACAAGUAGUGACGAAGUCAAUCUCUCCUCCAAUUGUUGAAUACUUAUUUCUUAUUGGCUUGAAGGGCAUUCUAGAGCGUGCAUUAUUUCCCAAUAACGCACAGUAUAUUUGCACGGUAUAAUUCAAUGGCUGUAGUUCAUUCUUACAUGUUCUAUGUUUGAGCUGCUUUUGAAAGCAAAAGUCGAAUUGAAAACAUUAUUGGCGUUGUUGAAUCCGAUUUUCAUAAUGGCAAUCUAGGACUGAUGGUUUGGUUAGCUAGCUAAACUAGCAAGUCUGUUUGGUUACCAUGGCAACUACUAUAGCUAUCUAGUAAACUUUCUAGCUAUUUCAGUGGAUGUUGAACACAUUUCUACUGGCAAAUUAACACAUUUCUAGCAGUAAUGUGGUAAAUUAUAGCCAUGGUAUAAAAGGGAUAAUCAACUUGGGACUCUAUGCAUUCUCUGGAAAAUAAUGCAACUCUGUGAACACACCUUCCACGUCGUUCAUUAUUUUCCAUAGAAUGCGUAGCCCCUCGUUGACUAUCGCUUAUUUAUUUAACAAUAGAUUGCUGUAUAUUUCUAAGACCAUGUGUUUACCACUGUCGUGGUAAUUAGUCUAAUCAAAGGAGAGACUUUUAGAUUUCUUCAAAACCAUCAAACUUUAUUAAUAAUUACUGCAGUAAUGGAGCGUUAACGGUCACCCAAUGGUGUAGAGUUAAGGCCCAAAUAAGCAGGGUUAGGUUACAACUCUUUAUAGUCUUUCUGAGUCCUCGUGACAUAGAACAGAUUUGUGAAAUUAUACAAAGGUACAUUGUGCUCUCAUGCAACAGAUAGCGAGAUUUACAUGGCGCCAAAUAUCUGUCUAUAGGUCAUUUACUACUUGUUUAUACAGAAAUACUAAUGCAGCAUGGGACACUAGGUCCUUCCCUGAAUUGAUGAAGUCCAGUGUUGGUUAAUAACCUGGAGGGAGGGUUCUCCUCACCCUGGCAGUCCAGUGUUGGUUAAUAACCUGGAGGGAGGGUUCUCCUCACCCUGGCAGACAGACCAGCAUUUCACGCAGACACUACUCAUGGAUUGGAAUGUUGUCUUAUCACCAAGCCAUCGUAAAUCUACUGCAGCGUUAAGCCUCAGAGGCUCCUCUCGGAAGAACAGACAUUGUGAAAGUACUAAUGUAUAGAAAUACAUUCUAAUAUAAAAGUAAUGUGAUCAACAUAAUGUUGUAAUUCUACCAUGCCACUUAAUCAUGUAUAGAUCUCAGGAAUAAAUGGUGACAUUUUGCUCUCUCAUUCCCUGUCACAGGCGUUUAACAACCAGUUGGAUAGUCAGUGCUCUGAGUUGAGUUCUGCCCUACGUUCUCUUACUGUGGAGAAAUCCAAGCUACAGACUGAACACCAGGCUAGCAUUAAGGUACUGCCUCUAGCCCUCUUCACACACACACACACACACACACACACACACACACACACACACACACACACACACACACACACACACACACACACACACACACACACACACACACACACACACACACACACACACACUAGUACAGGCUACAUGUUAUUCUGUUCCUGUGUCUCUCUCAGGCAGAGAGGAGUCGUGUGGCCAAGCAGCUGCAGGAGCAAGACCUCCUGCUGGAUGCAGCCAGACGCAACAUCCAGGCAGAACUGCAGGGGGCGCUAUCAGCUAAAGUUAAAUUGCAGAUGGAACUGUGGGUGCUAAAGCUAACUGCUAAUACUCAUAGGCAUGAAUAGGAUCUCAAUGAUAAUGCUAGCCACACACAUCCACCAACAACAGCCCCUGUCUUUCUGCUCCACAGGGAGACUCUGAAGGUUGACCAUGCCCAACUUCUGCAGAGUUCCACGGUUGCCCAAGAGACAGUUGUCACUCAGCGGGAGCUGUUGGAGUGUACCAUUGAGAGGCUGCGGGGGGAUCUGAACUCUGCUGUAAAGGAAAGGGAGGUUGUGAGGACAGACAGGGACAGUGCAAAGACUGAGGUGCAGCUGCCAUCUCACUUAGAAAAUACAUAGCCUAAGAGUACAAGGUUGUUAAAGCUUAACUGUGCUUUGCAUUGUCUCUUUUUAUAGUGUCUGUGGAUGUCCUUAAAUGUUAUGCCCCUAUCUCUCUGUCUUUGGGUCAUAGAUGUGCAUUGUGGUCACCAAGCUAGAGGGUGAGAGGAGUGCUUUGGAAACACAACUCACUAAAGUCAAGGUACUGUACUGCCAACGAUCUCUGAUGAUCGCUGACAGCGAUUGACUGAUCUCAGACCUGUAUGUAAAGGACCUCCGCAUUCACAGUGAACACACUUCUUGUCCGAAUCCGACCAUAGCUUCCUUAACUGUCCACUUUGCAUCCUGUGUGAUUGACAGCUGGAGGCAGGCACUCUGAGCUCCACCUUGCAGAAGCAGGAGGAAGAGAACAGGAGGCUCAUGGGAAAGCUGGCUGCCAUGGAGCAUCAGCAGGUGAGAGAUUCAUUCAGUAUCUAGAGAUUGGCGUCACAUCACUUUAAAUCUGUCCAUCCAUAGUGAAUGUGUGUUUGUAUGUAACAUACUUUCUCCAUUAUUUUCUUUCUCCAUCCUGAACGUUAACUCUCAACGCGUGGUGUCCUCUUUACCCAGAAUGCUCAGCAGCAGGUGGAACAGAUGCUGAAGGAGUUGACGGACAGUAAGAACAACCUGGCCUAUGAGAAAGGGAAGCUACAGGUAAGGAGUUUACACUAAAACCAGUGGUGGAAAAAGUACCCAAUUGUCAUACUUGAGUAAAAGUAAAGAUACCUUAAUAGAAAAUGACUCAAGUAAAAGUGAAAGUCACCCAGUAAAAUACUACUGGAGUAGAAGUCUAAAAGUAUUUGAUUUUAAAUAUACUAAGUAUCAAUAGCAAAUGUAAUUGCUCAAAUAUAUUUCAGUAUCAAAAGUAAAAGCAUAAAUAUUUUCAAAUUCCUUAUAUUAAGCAAACCCGACGGUACGAUUUUCUUGUUUUUUUAAAUUUACGGAUAGCCAGGGGCACACUUCAACACUCAGACAUAAUUUACAAACAAAGCAUGUAUGUUUAGUGAGUCCGCGAGAUCAGAGGCAGUAGGGAUGACCAGGGAUGUUCUCUUGAUAAGUGCAUGAAUUGGACCAUUUUCCUGUCCUGCUAAGCAUUCAAAAUGUAACGAGUACUUUUGCGUGUCAGGGAAAAUGAAUGGAGUAAAAAGUACAUUAUUUUCUUUAGGAAUGUAGUGGAGGAAAAGUAGUCAAAAAUAGAAAUAGUAAAGUACAGAUACCCCCAAAAAUGACUUAAAUAGUACUUUAAAGUAUACACCACUGACUAAAACACACCGGCCAUACCUCUUAAUAUGUGUGUGUUCAUGUAUCCUCAUGUUGAAGUGUAUUUCCUCCUAAUGCUCUUCCUCUCAACCAGACCAGGGUAGAUCAACUUCAGGAGGAGCUGCAAGCUUUAAGGGACAACCAUGUAGAACGUGUCCAACAAUGCAAGCUGAGCUCUGUGUUUGUGAACAAGUACACACAGGUACACACACUCAUGGUAGUAAUGUAUUCAUGUGGUAAUGUAGUAAUGUGUUCAUAUGUCAAAAACAAGGCGACUCCCUAACAUACACCUGUCUACUCCCGUACAGGUCAGCUCUGAAAUUAGCACCCCGAAGACAACCUGUCUUAAACUGGAGGCUCAGCUCAGACAGGCCCAGGCUGCAGUCCAGGUGAAGGAGUGGGAGGUGGCGUCGGCGGUGGCAGCCAGAGACGAGGCUCUGAGGGACAGCCAGGCCCUGAGGGGACAACUGGACAAACUGCAGGAGCAGCACAGGGACAAGGUCAGAGGGCUAGUAAAAUGGUUACCCAACCUGGGUCCUGGAGAGCUACAGGGUGUCUGCAGGCUUUUGUUCCAGCCCAGCACAAACCCACCUGAUUCUGCUCUGUGUGUUUGUCCUGUAGCUGUGUGAGCUGGAGGGCUGGCUGGGUGUGUCUCGUCAGGGUGGGGGCAGUGUGGCUCAGACCCUGGAGAACGUUUUGGCCUCCCACUCCCGUCUGCAACACAACACUGAGACGGUACAGAAGGAGCUGGGGAGACGAGAGCAGGAGCUGGCCUUACUCAGGAGAGACAGGUAGGUGUGUGUCUGUGUUGUGCAUGUACAGUUGAAGUCGGAAGUUUACAUACACUUAGGUUGGAGUCAUUAAAACCCGUUAGUCAACCACUCCACAAAUGUAUUGUUAACAAACUAUAGUUUUGGCAAGUCGGUUAGGACAUCUAGUUUGUGCAUGACACAAGCAAUUUUUCCAACAAUUGUUUACAGACAGAUUAUUUCACUUAUAAUUCACUGUAUCACAAUUCCAGUGGGUCAGAAGUUUACAUACACUAAGUUGACUGUGCCUUUAAACAGCUUGGAAAAUUCCAGAAAAUGAUGUCAUGGCUUUAGAAGCUUCUGAUAGGCUAAUUGACAUCAUUUGAGUCAAUUGGAGGUGUACCUGUGGAUGUAUUUCAAGGCCUACCUUCAAAUGUAGUGCAUCUUUGCUUGACAUCAUGGGAAAAUCUAAAGAAAUCAGCCAAAACCUCAGAAAAACAAUUGUAGACAUCCACAAGUCUGGUUCAUCCUUGGGAGCAAUUUCCAAACGCCUUAAGGUACCACGUUCAUCUGUACAAACAAUAGUACGCAAGUAUAAACACCAUGGGACCACGCAUCCGUCAUACCGCUCAGGAAGGAGACGCGUUCUGUCUCCUAGAGAUGAACGUACUUUGGUGCGAAAAGUGCAAAUCAAUCCCAGAACAACAGCAAAGGACCUUGUGAAGAUGCUGGAGGAAACGGGUACAAAAGUAUCUAUAUCCAUAGUAAAAUGAGUCCUAUAUCGACAUAACCUGAAAGGCCGCUCAGCAAGGAAGAAGCCACUGCUCCAAAACCGCCAUAAAAAAGCCAGACUACGGUUUGCAACUGCACAUUGGGACAAAGAUCGUACUUUUUGGGGAAAUGUCCUCUGGUCUGAUGAAACAAAAAUAGAACGGUUUGGCCAUAAUGACCAUUGUUAUGUUUGGAGGAAAAAGGGAGUAGCUUGCAAGCCGAAGAACACCAUCCCAACCGUGAAGCACGGGGGUGGUAGCAUCAUGCUGUGGGGGUGCUUUGCUGCAGGAGGGACUGGUGCACUUCACAAAAUAGAUGGCAUCAUGAGGAAGGAAAAUUAUGUGGAUAUAUUGAAGCAACAUCUCGAAGACAUCAGUCAGGAAGUUAAAGCUUGGUCGCAAAUGGAUCUUCCAAAUGGACAAUGACCCCAAGCAUACUUCCAAAGUUGUGGCAAAAUGGCUUAAGGACAACCAAGUCAAGGUAUUGGAGUGGCCAUCACAAAGCCCUGACCUCAAUCCUAUAGAAAAUGUGUGGGCAGAACUGAAAAAGCAUGUGUGCGAGCAAGGAGGCCUACAAACCUGACUCAGUUACACCAGCUCUGUCAGGAGGAAUGGGUUUAUUGUGGGAAGCUUGUGGAAGGCUACCUGAAACGUUUGACCCAAGUUAAACUAUUUAAAGGCAAUGCUACCAAAUACUAAUUGAGUGUAUGUAAACUUCUGACCCACUGGGAAUGUGAUGAAAGAAAUAAAAGCUGAAAUAAAUCAUUCUCUCUACUAUUAUUCUGACAUUUCAAAUUCUUAAAAGAAAGUGGUGAUCCUAACUGACCUAAGGCAGGGAAAUUUUACUAGGAUUAAAUGUCAGGAAUUGUGAAAAACUGAGUUUAAAUGUAUUUGGCUAAGGUAUAUGUAAACUUCCGACUUCAACUGUAUGUGGGUGUAUGUUUGAGCAACCCAUGUGUUUGCCAGACUGCAGGGUCAGAGAGAGAUUCAGAGGCUACAGGCAGAGGUGGAGAAGCUCCAAGAUAUCAUGGCAACAACUAAUGCCAAGAAAAACAAAAUGGUAACUACUUCAUUAAUGAGUUAUAAACACACAUUCACGCAUAUACCCACAAACAGCUUUUAGCUUUUAGUAGUAAUAGUAGUUUACAAAGAUAUGUUUGAUUGUCUAGCUGGAGCCCUUGCGUAAGGCCCUGGAUGUGGCAAGGCAGGACAACAAGAAACUAGCCCAAAGUUUAGAGCAGGCUGUGUUGGCCAACAGCACUCUGCAGUCCAACCUGGACCGAGCCAGAGACCAACACCAGAGCACCAACACACAGAGGUAACUAACUGGGACUAAUGUGGAUAGUGGGAGUUUAUUUUAGUGUGGUUUAAAUAUGUGAAAGCGUACAUGGUUACUUUGCAUGAAUGUGACAUUCAUGUCUACAUUUUGCAUGUGUAUCAGAGAGGCGGAGCUGGCUGAGGCCAGGGCAGAGAUUGGUCGAUGGUCAGAGCAUCUGGAAUCUAUGAAGCUUCAGAUGAGGAAAGAGAGGGACUCAUUGAAGAGGUUGUCACAGAGAGAAAUCUCAGAGGUACUGCACUCUCUCACACACUCCAUCGCUUCUGUCCAUCAUCAGUCAGAACUCUAAAUAUCACCCUGCCUCUUUCCUCAUCCCUCUUUAUUACUCUCUUUCCCUUCUGUUUGUGUCUCUCUCUUCAGUUGAGAAAGGCUCUUGAGGACUUGUCAUCUAGGUCAGGUGACCUCUCCAGGGCCAAUCGGGAGCUGCGGGAGAAGACGACUGAGUUGGAGAAAGUGGUGUCCAAUCAGAAAGCCCGUCUCAGAGAUCAGAAGACGCAGCUCAAGCAACACCUGGAUAAUAGAGCCACUCUGGGCAACUCUCAGAAAAUAAAAGUAUCUACAGUGCUGUCUACUAUAUCAAAUCAAAGUGUAUUGGUCGCAUACACAUUUUUGCAGAUGUUAUAGCGGGUGCAGCGAAAUGCUUAUGUUACUAGCUCCUAACAAUGCAGUAAAAUGUCAAACAAGUACACAAAUAAUAAUAAUAAUAAUACAAAUAAUAAAAAGACUACAAUAAAUCUUGAAAUGUCUAACUAGAAAUGUUCUGAGCAAAUAAUGUAAGAAUUAACACACACACAAAAUAAUAAAAAAUAAUGCAAAGUUAGCUAGGAGCUAGAAACAGGGUGGCCGUGUCUGUUGGUGCCAUUUUGUGGACAAGCACCUGCUAAUCCAGAUGAUGUCCUCUUUUUGUCACUCAUGUUCUCCUCCCUCUGCUCUCAGGACAUGGAGGGAGAACUAAAGAGCCUCAAGACCUUGAAGGAUCAGUAUCAGAAGAAGAACUAUGAGCAGGUAGGACACCUCACACACACUUUAUACACCUGUGGAUGUUUACAGGAUGGCAUACAUCAGUCACCAUUGUCCUGUCUGUUUCCAGAGUGAGUUGAUCCAGCAGUUCCGGUCCGAGACCUUAUCCCUCCAGCGGGAGCUACGGCGCCUGUCCUCCAGCCAGGAGGGAGAGCUAGAGGCUGAGAGGGAACUGAGACACGUCAUGCAAGACAAGUGUCAGGUUAGCAGGGGUUACGUAUCUCCGUUUGUCAUAAGCUAGCCUCGCUUAACUCAAUGUUUUUAAAUGGCUUAAUUUAAGCUCCUUUACUUCUUGACUUUGACGGCGUAUUGAGUCAGACAUGUUUGUUUUAAAGUCUGCAUAUGUGUGUUUCUGUAUUUGUUUGUCCUAGCAGAGGCUGGAGGAGAGCAUCAAAAAGCUGCAGGAGGCCAAAGACGAGACAGAGCAGAAAAUGAAAGAGGUCAGCCUGGAGUCACAGCAGGUAAGACUCCCUCCACCACCCGGAGUCACAGCAGGUAAGACUCCCUCCACCACCCGGAGUCACAGCAGGUAAGACUCCCUCUACCACCCGGAGUCACAGCAGGUAAGACUCCCUCCACCACCCGGAGUCACAGCAGGUAAGACUCCCUCCGCCACCCGGAGUCACAGCAGGUAAGACUCCCUCCACCACCCGGAGUCACAGCAGGUAAGACUCCCUCCACCACCCGAAGUCAAGACAAUCUUAUUUGUUCUGCUCCCUUAUCUUCUCUUGCUUGGUCAUUAAUUAUCUCACUCUGUAUCUCCCAGUCUGUUGCCUGUUAACCGUGUGCACCUAAAUAGCCCCUGAAGGGUUAGUAAAGUUGAACUGAAUUGGAAUUCUCCUGACAUUAUGCUUGUCCACACAAUCAGAUAUCAGAGAACCUAGAGGAAGCUCACAGUUGGUUCCGGUCCAAGUUUGACAGCCUGAAGAGUGAUGGAGAGCCAAACAGGUCUAUGGGGGACGAGGAACCACAAGAGAAUGGACACCAUACCCCGGGGAGCAGUAAAGGGGGUGCACACAGUUCAUCAUGCAAACGCAGCAGAAAGGUGCUUUUCUCUCAUAUCACUUCAUCAACUCUCACUAAUAAUGCCAUGAGUCUGCAUUCCUCUCAGCUUUUAUGCAUUCUUUGUUUGGUGUUUCAAUGGUACCUCUUUAACACAGUUCUCCCAAAGUGACUCCAUUAAACUCAAUGAAAGAGACUCUAGGAUGCUAGGGAGUGCUAAAAUCACUGAGUGAAAAGUAUGUCUUAACUGCCUGAGAAAUUCAGAGAAUUGUCCAAUCCGUAGGAGUAAGAAUUACAGCUAUUCAUUAACUUAUCAAAUAUUUAAGUCCUCACACCCUCUGAGAAAACCUCUUAGCUCUAAAAGCAAUAUCGAGCUGAGAAUUUUAUUGGUUGCAGGCACAGACUAUUCAAAUUUUUCAGGGAAGGAGAUUUCUAAUUUAAAAAAAAUUCUCAUUGUAGUGGAGAUUUAAAGCCCUCCACCAAAGUUAACAAAGACGUGCAGAACUAUAGCUGGAAAAACAUAUCAUCAGGGUUUGAACCAUCCAAUUUAAUAUUUUUGAAUUAUGGCCACGACUUUGCCCUGAGUAUUUUUGUAAGCACACACCUUAUUGAAAGCACUUGGUGGGAAUUUUAACACCAGUUCUAUGAUCCAAAUAACUUUAUCAGACACUUUAUGAAAAUGGCCUGAGGUGUUUGUCUCAAUGGGUUUAAUUCUGUGUCUUGUCAAAGAGAGUGGUGUUGUCUUACAGACGGUUACCCAACGGCUAUGGGGAUGUGUACCUGAAAAGGGGAUGAGAGUGGUUCCGGACGUAGACUCUCUAUAAGUUCUCAAUUUUAUUCUUGUCAUGUUCCAGACUCGGUGUGAUAGCAGGCUUCCAGAACCUCCAGAGUGGGAGAGAUGGAGAGCCACCAUGCAACGCUGGGAGACCAAGAGAGAGCUGGCUCGCAUUGCAAGUGGAUACAAACCUGGUGGGACACAUGUGUUAACACACGGACACACACAACAAGACACGCAUACUGUAUAGUGCAUACACACACAACAAGACACGCAUACUGUAUAGUGCAUACACACACACAAGCACUGGACCAAGGCACAUCGAGAAACCAGCCCCUCACACAGUGAUCCCAUUUAUUUAUCCAAAACAUUGA